AUGUGGACUGCCACCCUUUUGCAUACAGCUACUCCUUGUGCUUGCUACCACUCUUAUACCUACUGUACCUCAUCCCACUCCCCUCCUAUACCUAGGAAGAAGACUUGUCGUGCUGGACGUUGUAUUUGUGCUGCUCAUGCUCGUACUUCACUCCACCCCUCAGCACCUCUACCAUCUGUCCAUCCUCUCUCCCUUCUCACUGUGGACACUCCCACACCACUCCCUACUACUCCUGCACCCACUCCUCUGCCAUCCCCUGACUCUGAACCCUUGACUGAGGCUACCUUGCAUCCUAUUCUUCAGCCCAUUGUCAGCCAGAUCCUGCAGGAGAUUAAUGAGAGAGAAGAUGGGCUCCUUGCUAGACUUAUUGGAGAGAUCAAGCGUUUGGAGAAGGUGAUUCUGACUGGAGAUCUUCACUGCUUACAGAUUUCCUGGCCUGAUUCUUAUAUUGAGUGGCUGACUGGAGACAGUCAGUAUGCAAAGCCUCCAUAA